ACGCGCGAGGGUGUCAGCUGGGCAGCGGGAGGAAACGGCAUCAUGGCGGCCUCCACUCUGAGCGUGCAGUGCGUCUUACGGAGAGCGAUGGCCCCGUCUUUAGUCGUGAUCCUGGGAGCUACCGGUACCGGGAAGUCCAAGCUGGCAAUCGAGAUUGGAAAGCGGCUUCAGGGAGAAAUAAUCAGCGCCGACUCCAUGCAGGUGUACAAGGGUCUGGACAUAAUCACAAAUAAGGUGACUGCCGAGGAGCGCGCCCAGUGCGCACACCACAUGUUGGACUUCGUGGACCCGUUGGUGCGGACCUACACGGUGGUGGACUUCAGGAACAAAGCGCUGGAGCUCGUCGGCGACAUGCACAGCAGAAACAAGCUGCCCAUCGUUGUUGGAGGAACAAACUAUUACAUCGAGUCUCUGCUGUGGAAAGUCCUGCUGGACACGGAGCAGGAGAAUGAGGACUCAGGGGACGGAGCAGACGGAGGCCAAAGCAGGAAGAUGGAGCUGGAGAAACUGGGAGGAGAGGAGCUGCAUAAAAGGCUGGCUGAGGUGGACCCCAAAAUGGCCUCCAUGCUGCACCCAAAUGACAAGCGCAAGGUAGCCAGAAGUCUUCAGAUUCACAACGACACGGGUGUUCCUCACAGCCGCUGGCUGGAGGAGCAGAGGCAGGGCGGCGACGGCCUCGGAGGGCCCCUGAGGUUCCCCGACCCCUGCAUCUUCUGGCUGCACGCAGACAUGGAGGCUCUGGACCAGCGCUUGGAUGCCCGUGUAGAUGAGAUGCUGGCUACAGGCCUGUUGAAUGAACUCCAGGAUUUCCAUCUCCGAUACAACCGACAGAAACUCCAGGACGAGAGCCAAGACUAUCAACACGGGAUUUUCCAGUCGAUCGGCUUUAAGGAGUUCCACGACUACCUGACGGCUCCGGAGAGCAGCAGCCAGCAGGAGAGAGACAAGCUGAGAGACAAAGGCGUAGAAGCUUUGAAGAUCGCCACAAAGCGCUACGCCCGCAAACAGAAUAAGUGGGUCCGUAACCGUUUCCUCAAACGACCAGGCGACAGCGUCCCCGCUGUGUACAGCCUGGAUGUGACUGACGUGUCCAGGUGGGAGGAGUCGGUGCUGAAGCCUGCACUGCAGAUCCUGGACAGUCUCAGCAAGGGUGAGGAGCCGGCUUUUCCCCCAAUCAGACUGCAGGAUCAGCAGAGAAACAAACGCAGCCGCCACACCUGCGACGCGUGUGACAAAAUCAUAAUCGGAGAUGUGGAGUGGACAGCUCACCAGAAGUCCAAAAAGCAUCACUAUCAUGUAAGGAAGAAGAGGAGGUCCGAUCCAGGAAGUGACCCGCCCCAGGGCAUCGCUGCACAAGCUGAAGAACUGGACGGCACUGAAACCCCUCAGGAUUCCUCCAAAAAAUCGAGGACGGAGCAGAAGUACCUGGAUACGAUGAAAGCUCUCUGAUCGACGUCUGUCUCGACUCAGGCUUCCAGAUCCUCUGAGCUCUUCUGACUCGCACAUUUUGCAUCAUGUCGCCGUUUUUCAGAAUUCUACAUGAUCUUGUUUGUGCGCACAAAACAGAUCUUUAAAGAAAUUCGGUUUUGUUUCACGUUUAAUUAUUUUUUAUAUUUUGAAUAAGAACUGUUAAAUUCUAUAUUUUUUUGAAGAAAAGGCCUCAUAUGAAGUGCUAAAAUUUUUAUUUAUUUUCCUAUUGCUGCAGUCGGUUUCCCGAUAAACUACAUUUUAGGCUUUAACUUUAAUAAACUAAAGUUACAUUAGGAGGUGAAAGCUGUAGAGAAGUUAAAGUAUGCUGCCAACAGCACUGAGCACACUUCUGCUAAUGUGCUAAUAGCUUAUUUAAUUCUUUGUUUAGAGCAUUAGCAUUUUUGCUAGCUUUGAAAACGCUUAUUGUGCUUAGCUUCUCCUGAAAUAAUUUUGCUUGAUAAAUUCUAAAUCACUAGUAUUUUUGGAGUUUUAUAUAAAUAAAAUUUUGGUUAGCGACCGUCAACAGUUCUUUAAGUAGCUAGCCCAUUAUCUUCGUGCUCUGAUUUGAAGUGGGUGAAGACUGUUUAUGCUAAUCCGCUCCAGAGGUUUAGCAUUAGCUUAUACUGCGUCGGUGUAACACUUUAGCCUUAGCGGAGAUAAUGUUUAGGAUUUGUGGCUUAGGGUUAGCGCAGCUAACGUUUUAGCUGGCUAACCACUUCCUACCAAGAUGCAAGGAGCAGCAAUCAGAAAAAAAGUUCUUGGUAACUCUAGGAGUUGUAAGAUAAAUAUAUUGGCAGGAAUCAUGUCAGUUGUACAUGGCAAAUAAUAUCUGUCUUGAUUAAAAAAAAAAAAGUGGGAAUAACAAAGCUAUUGUUGGAGGACAAAGGCCAUGCAGGACACAUGGCAAGAAGAAGGUGCUGGACAAGAUCAAAAUUGACCUUUUUGACCUGCAUAUGUGACAGAAAACAAACACUGCUAAAAACACCACACCCUCUGUCAAAGUCGGUGGUGGCAGCAUCAUGCUGUGGGCAUUAUUUAUGUAUUUUUAAUGUAUAAAGCCACCUUUCUUCCACUUCA